AUGUCAUCAGACCAGGCGCUCCAGGGGCACCUGUGGUGUGGCAUCUUUACUGGAGCAACCACACCACGGCGGAAGAGGAGGAAGGUUGCUCCGGCUACCCCGCGGUUGCCCAUACGUCUGCCAACUGUGCAGACACCAUUGCAAUCACACCCGCAAUUUGAGUUCCCACCGUCUAUCCAUCGCAACUUGCCCAAAGCCAUUGCAGACAUGGUCAGCGAGAGUUCCGGCGAUGACGAUGGGCAGCACCAGCAUCGAGGGCUUUCACUCGUCGACAGGGGUCUGCAGCAUCCGUUGAACCUCCCAGCUCCCAUCCCUUUCCGUUUUCCCAGCACACCGGGUGGAUCCCUGGCGUAUGAGCCCCCGCCACCACCACCCGUUCAACGACGCCGCCAGCAGACACAUGCCUGCACCAAGAUUUCCCUUCCUCAAAUCCAUAAUCAGAAUCAUCAGAAUCAAGUUCAAAGGGAGCGCCUGACAACAUCCAUCGGCAAUGUUCACAUCCUUGCGCGCCACACCACCUUCUUCCUCAAGUACUACCUUGCUGAUCAUCCUCUGCACGAUUUCCCGGACAUCACUGACAAGCACAUCAGUGUGAUGUUUGAGCUGCUCAACAAUCCAGGCUACAACGGCAAUCCGGUCAUCGCGCAAGAGUUGCGUCCAUGGGUUCAAGACCACUGUGAUGUUCACGGAUUCGCCUCCAUACGCAUGCAAAAUUGCCAACAGACAGCAGCAUACACGGCUCAGAGCAUCCUCACAAACCUCAAAGUCAACGUACAAGAGCAUUUCAUGCAAAUGCUUCUGCGCUACAUCAACGAAAGGAUUGGUUUGAAGCAAGUCGCACUGCAUCUCUGGAGAGCCAGAGUCAACCGAGCGCAGCGGAGAGAGUAUUAUCAGCGGGUCCGUCAAUUUACAAAAUUUGGGACGUUUGAAGAGUUUCCAACCGAAGAGGAGUUUGCGCGCCUCACACGACUUGAGCGGACUGUCCUCGACGAGCUAUGGGCUCUGUGUCCUCCCCAGGAUGAGCCGCUUGCGUACAGCCUUGCGGUGGAUGCAAUGCCAUAUUUAGGUGCCUAUUGUGAGCUCUCACGCCUCUAUGAGCGCCGUGGAAUGCGGCUGUUUUCCGCUAUCCCACUGCGCAAAUCUCGAAUCCGGUCAUCUGUUCGGAUCGACACGCUGAUCCUAGGCACUCAUAUCCUGGAUGUUGGCCGACGUCGCAUGGGGAAACUCACUGAUGAACGCAAGCGGGAGCUGUGGGGGCAGUUUAUCAACGUGAAUGACAAGGUCUUCAAACAUCGAAAGAAGCUUGGUCUCAAGUUCGAUGGGUCAAUUAGCACCGACGGGUAUUCCGUUACCAUCCACUUCAAGAAGCCAGGGCUCAAGUAUGGGCAUCGGGCCCGGAAGCGCAGCAAGGCCCAAAUGCGGGAAGAAGUCAAGCAGUUGUAUUUUGAGCACCACAUCGCCAAACUACGGGAGGCUCCAAACAUCGUCUGCAUUGAUCCGGGCAAGCGUGACCUCCUGUUCUGUCGAGAUAUUGAGAAGGAGCGGCCAUUUUGGUAAGUUUCAGUUGAUUACUACUGCCCUGCUGUCCCC